AUGGGUGUCGUUGAAAAGAUCAAGGAGCUCGAAGACGAGGUCGCCAGGACGCAAAAGAACAAGGCUACCGAGUACCAUCUUGGACAGCUCCGUGCCAAGAUUGCAAAGCUUCGCCAUGAGCUCCUCGAACCGCAAAAGAAGUCGGGCAAGCCUGGCGAGGGCUUCGAUGUCAUGAAGUCCGGUGAUGCACGUGUGGCUCUCAUCGGUUUCCCUUCGGUCGGAAAGUCGAGUUUCCUCUCCAAGGUCACCGACACAAAGUCAGAAGCAGCUGCCUAUGAGUUCACCACCCUCACAUGUCAGCCGGGUGUGCUAGAGUACGAAGGUGCCAAGAUCCAGAUCCUCGAUUUGCCUGGUAUUAUCGAAGGCGCUUCCGAGGGCAAAGGUCGAGGUCGACAGGUCGUUGCCGUAGCCAAGACCGCGGACAUGAUCAUCAUCAUGUUGGAUGCCACCAAGCCCGAUACGCAUCGUGCACUGCUCGAAAAGGAACUCGAGGCUGUUGGUAUCCGCCUCAACAAGACCAAGCCCGAUGUGGUCCUGCGCAAGAAGAACACCGGUGGUAUCGUCAUUACCAAGGCCAUGGGUUUGACGCUGACCAAGAUCGACGAAAAGAUGAUUCGAUCCAUCUUGCAGGGGUACAAGAUGCACAACGUUGAUGUCAUGCUCAGAGAAGACAUCACUGUCGAUGAAUUCAUCGACGUCGUGCUCGGCAAUCGCAACUACGUGCCCUGCCUGUACGUCUACAACAAGAUCGACUCGAUCAGCAUGGAGCAGAUGGACAAGCUCGCGAGGCAGCCCAACUCGGUCGUCAUCUCGGUCGAAAAGGAUCUCAACAUCGACUACCUCAAGGACACCAUGUGGGACAAGCUCGGCAUCAACCGCAUCUACACGAAAAAGCGCGGAGAGCGACCCGACCUCUCGGAUCCAUUGGUGGUGCGAAAGGGUGCCACUAUCGAGCACGUCUGUCACCAGGUUCACAGGGCGCUCGCAGAUAAGUUCAAGUAUGCGCUCGUGUACGGCAAGAGUAGCAAGUUCCCCACUUCUCAAAAAGUCGGUCUCAACCAUGUCGUUGCAGCCGACGACGUUGUCAGCAUCUUCACCAAAUGA